AUGUCAACUUUUACAUUACCGAUAAUUGAUAUUUCUUCAUUUACGACAACAACAAAAAAAACUCAAGAAGUUGAUGAAUUAAAAUUAAAAACAGCCAAAGAAAUUCAUGAAGCAUGUAUGAAAAACGGAUUUUUUUAUAUUAAAGGUCAUAAUGUACCGAAAGAAAUAUGUGAUAAUGUUUUGAACUUGGGUAGAGAAUUCUUUAAAUUAUCACAGGAAAAAAAAAAUAAACUUAGUAUUUCUAAUGAAGACUAUAGAGGUUAUCAAAGACUUGGAGAAAACGUUACAAGAUAUCAAAAAGAUUGGCACGAAGCACUUGAUUAUUACAAACCUAUUCCACCUACUCAUCCAUUAGUAAUAGGCAAUUUGCCAUUGAAAGGUGAAAAUAAAUGGCCAGAACACCCACCAGAAUUUCGUAAAGUAUUUGAGGAGUAUAUAGAAUAUAUGAAAGAUUUAGGGGCCAAAGUCAUGAGUGCAAUUGCUUUAGGAUUAGGUCUAGAAGAAAAUUAUUUUGUAAAAUAUUUAGAUGAUUCAUUUUGCUGUCUAACCUUUUUAAACCAGGAUAAUAUUAAAGGAGCAUUGGAAGUUAGAACAAAAAAUGGAGAUUGGAUCCAAGCUGAUCCUAUACCAGAUGCAUUUGUAGUAAAUAUUGGUGAUAUGCUAAAUAUUGAUCCAAUUGAACAAUGUCUUAAAAUAGAUCCAAUUAAACAUUACGAUUCAGUAAUAUAUGGUGAACAUCUAAUCAAGAAGGUGACUGUGAAUUUUGAAGUCGCUUGA